UGCCUUAAAUACCAGAUGGACUGCCCUAUGUCUCAGAAAGAGGCUUUGAUAACUAUUUAUUCAAUCUGUCAGCAAAACAGUAAGAAUCGCUUUAGCCUCAGGAUAUUUCCCUUUAGAAACAAUACAAUCAUUUACUUUCACAAUAUAUGUUAAGGAGUUGUCUGUCACCUCACUUUACAAAAUAAUUACAUCUGAGCAUUAUAAGACUUGAAGGUAUAAAAUCUUGGAAGAUCUUCAUUUUCCAUAGAAACAAAAGCAAAAUUUUAAUUUUUGUUCUUCGCUUCCUCUUUUUGCUGUAGGUGAAGCAAGUGAAUAUUUUCGAGAAAUCGGUGGUUUGAUGUUUAUAAAUGACCUUGCAAAGUCAAGCGUUCAUUGCAUAGUGAAGGAAGCAGCUUUAUUUACACUAGGAAUUAUAAUAGAAAGUAAUGUUUAUUGUCAACAGACUUUGUGUACGCCUGCAUUAUUUGAAGAUCUUAUUUCAUUUUUAAUGAAUAAAGAUUCUGGUGUGAACUUGAAAAGGAUGUCUGUUUAUGUCAUCUUAGUACUGGUUUCAAAUAACAAAAAUGGGCAAACGUAUGUCAGAGAAACAGGCUGCAUUGGUCUUCUGCUACAGUUAUUCAGAACAACUCUUUCCAUAUCUGAGAUUAAUCUGUCAGAUGAAAAUAUUAAUCAGUGCUAUCAGCUGUGGUCUUCAGUCUGCAGUACUCUUUGUGCCUGUGUUAAUAAUCCUCAAAAUGAAGAUAAUCAAAACAUUUGCUGUUCGGUUUUUUCGUACGCAAAAGAGUGGCUAGAAAGUUGCAUAGAGCCUGAAAUAGUUCGUCCUAUCUGUUCAUUUGUUGGACUCACAGUUGCAAAUAACUCAUAUGUACAGAAAUACUUUGCUUCUGUUAGAGGAUUGGAUACAUUAGCUAAAGUCCUCAUCAAGCUGAUGCAUGAUUCAUAUAUGAGCCACUCAAGCACAAAGCUUGCAGUAGUAGUAACAAAGACUCUGGAUGCCUGCAUUGCUAAUGACGCUACCAUGGGUGUUGUCUUGGCCAAGUAUCACACCGUGUCAGAGCUACUGAAGCUGCUGCCUAAUGACACUCUGGAUACAGGAGAAAAAAUUAGUGUUAUUCUAACAAUUGGACACUGUACUGAAGUUUGUGAAGAAAACCAAUACGAACUGCUUAAGAACAAUGGUCUUCCACUUAUGAUUCAAGUGUUAACUGAGUCUCAGGAUGAGGAACUAAACAAAGCUGCUACUUUUGUGCUGCAAAACUGCAAACACAUGACUGAACAAUUGUCCCUGAAAAUAAAUGAGAACUCAUUAAACGUGAACAGCGCAGAACAGUUGGAAGUGGAUGUGCAAAGCAGAGAAAGAACUCUCCAAGACUACUGGAAGAAAGCAAAAGAAAUUUUACACAGAAUAAACUUGAUUGAAAAAGAGCGUGAUAAGGAAAGAGUACAAAGAAAAAUAUUUAUUGACAGAUCUUCAGAAGCCAGUACUGAUGCAUCAAAAUGCCAUGAAAUGGAUGCUGGUGACCUAAAAACUCAAAUGGAAAGAACAUAUAAAAAUGAAACACUGAAGACUAUGAAUCCAAUGAAUGUUUCUACUGGACAAAAUGAACAGAGUAAUAUUCCCUGUUCGGUUGAACUGCAAAUGGACAGUGUACUUCAAAGUCAAAGCAUACACGAAAAAACUGCUUGUGAAAAAAAUCAGUCUGUUCAAGUAAGUGAACAUAUGUUUAAACAACCAUUAAAGACUGUUAGAAACCUGAAGCAGGCAUGCACAUCAGAUCAACAUACAUCCUACUCAGAGAUAACUAAGGAAGAAAAAAGUAUUUUGACUACAUCUGCAUCCCUUAAAACAGGAGAUUUAAGGUGUUUGGGAUGUACAGCGCCAGGCCUGUCCUUCAAUAGCAAAACCUUUAGCAAGAUGUUGCAAACUUGUCCAUACCCAUGUGAUCGUCACAAAGUCAUUCUGGAAGCUGAAGAAAGAUAUAAAAAGGAACUCAGGAAACUGGCUGUUUGUAGCAACAGCAGUUACGCAGCUUACAAGAGUAUCCUUUUGACUCCAAUUAGAAAAAACAAAACUGAUAGUUCAAACAGAGAUGAGCGUAGUAACAAUAUUUGGUUGACUGAAAAGUAUAACUUGAUACCCACCUAUGAAAGAUGUGAGUAUUACCAGAAAAAAUAGUUUGUAUUGCCAGAAAAUUAAUUUGCCUAACUUAAAGAUCAAGUUUGCCUUUAGGUCAGGGCAUUGAUAGAAGCAUCUGUGCUUGCUACUGGAGACAAAUGGCUGAGAAUUUAAUUAGGGUUGUUUUUGUAUUUUCAGUCAUAGUAUUAUUGAUGUUUAUUUUGAGUUAAUUCCUGUUAUGUGUUAGCUGCUUCUAAAACCUAAAUAAGCUUGGCAUGUUAAUGUCAGAAUGAUGAGAAAAAGAUACUUCUUUGUUUUUUGAAUAUUAGUAACUAUUAAUAAUGCAAUAUUUACAUUUUCAAGGUUAUUAGAAGAAAUAUUCCUUUACAAUAUGACAUUCAGUUUUACAACAGAUUUCAGUUAGUUUAAAAUAACUAAGAGAUGGGCUUAUUCACAAUUUCGUAGCUCUCCAAAAAAAACCAAGAUGCUAACUUGAAGACACAGAGUCAAAUGCGCAACCAAGAAUGUCAGUGUUUAAAAAAACCUGUAUAUAUUCACUUGAAAGAUGAGGUUAGUUGUGUAGCGUA